AUGGCAUCACCACCGCCCCUACCAGAACGAGCCGUUUCCCAGCUGCCUGGGCCACCUCCCCUGCCGCCUAGGAACAACUCCCAAUUACCUCCGCCACCUCCCUACUCGGUUGUGGACGAGUCCCGGAUCUCGGUGGCUACUCAAAGUCAGGAGAUUCCUCCCGGCGCCCAGAUCCUGCGCUCCAAGGAGGAUCCUCGGGCCUCGUCAUCACAGUCUCUGGCGCCGUCACAGGCCAGCUCCGACACCAGACGAACUCUCCUAUUGGUCUAUAUCCAUGGAUUCUACGGCAAUGACCAGUCCUUUCAUUCAUUCCCUGCCCAUGUCCACAACUACUUGCGUGAUGCCCUAUCAGAAACGCAUGUUGUUCAUACCAAGUUGUAUCCCAGGUACAAGACAUACAAGGCUAUAGAGGUUGCGAGGGAUAAUUUCAGCGCUUGGCUGGAGCCUCACGAGUCGCCCAAGACCGAUGUCAUCCUUAUCGGCCACUCCAUGGGGGGUCUCUUGGCUGCCGAAAUGGUCCUCAUACCAAAUCGGAUGACCCCCAACCAAUACCCUUUCAAGCAUCGUAUUCUAGGAACUCUGUCCUUAGAUUCACCCUUUCUAGGACUUCAUCCCGGCAUUGUGUCCUCAGGCAUUGCCAGUCUCUUUCAGCCCGCACCAGCCUCUCCCAGCCAAAGCGCCACCUCAUCGUUUGGGCCAGAUGCUCCAUCCGCUGAUUUGCAACCUGUCUCCUCUGCUGCUUCCAUCGAUAGCUCACUUAGAGAGCCCAGGGAUCCCAAUUAUGAUCCCCCUUUCUUCAAUGAUGCGCCCUUUCGAGAGCAGCCGUUCCUCACCCGUAUGCUCAACUUUAGCACUAAGCAUUGGUCUGAGGGCAUCUUCACUGCCUUGGGCAGUCAUAUCGCCUCUCACCUAGAAUUUGGCGGAUGUCUUGCCGACUAUCGCGGGUUGAUGUCCCGAUACAAUCAGAUUCGUGCUCUUGAAGAUGUUGAUGAUCUCCAGGCUUUGAGCGGCGGUUCAUCCGACGAUUCACAUCCCCGAGUCCGCUUCCUAAACUACUACACGCGGGCUCCUGGACGACCUAAGCCACCAGCCUCAACUAAAGGCAGUCGCGACGAUCAAACAGACUCUAUAUCUACCGAUCUCCCAAAACCCGGGACUCUGGCUCAAGAGACUGACGUGGAUGGCCCAGUGUCAGCUCCAGUGCCAACAGAGGAGAUCAGUAUCAGGGAUGCUGACUCGGGGUCCGAGUUGGAGGUACUGAACUCAUCUCUCGAUCUUAAUCGGCUGUCUAUGCAGGAAAUCGAACCCAUUCCUAUGGAAGAGGAUGAACAAGGCGUUGUGGAACACAGCUUAGAUACAACGACAGGGACUAACUCAGACCGGCCAUCUCCUUCCACCGAGGUUGCAGUGGAUGAAAGGACGGAUCUGUCCGAAGAAACACCCGCCCCUCCAGAUCCUGACCUCCCUCCGAUCCCCGAUCUUCCUCCACCCCCUCAACAGCCCGAUCUCUCACAGUACACAGACAAAGAUGCACGCAAGCAAGCAGAAAAGGAAUUCAGCCGCCUCCAGAAAGCCCACGAGAACGCCGUCAAAGACCGCACCAAGGCCCUCCGUGAACGCGAGAAACUCCUCGGAAAGCGCCAAAAGAAAGCCCAAAAAGACGCAGAGAAGCUAGAAAAGGACACAAAGAAGCAGAAGCAGAAAUCCGAACAAAAGUCCGAACAAGAAAAAAGACGGCUGGAAAAGGAAGCGGAAAAGGCCAUCAAAGCGGAAAAGAAGCGGCAGGACAAGGAAGACGCCGCCCUAGCGAAACAAAACACCGAAAGCAAAUCCAAGAGCAUAGCCACCACCACCGCCGCCGUCGCUACCCCUGAGGAGGCGGAGCUCGAAACGCCGGGCAAGCCCAAGAAGCUGCGCAAGUUCUGCAACACGCCCGCCAAGAGGGACGGCGUCGCGGAUCCGACGUGGGUGAGCGUGUACAUGGACGGCAUGGACGAGGUGACUGCGCACUGCGCGCUCUUCUUGCCGGGGCCGCAUUAUGAUGGGCUGGUGGGCGAUGUGGCAAGUCGGAUCGUGGGGUGGGUGCAGAAUGAUUUGUCUGUGAGGGCGAUGUUGGAGAUGGAUUGA